AUGUCGAGUCUUUGCAGGUGGCUGGUCACCAACGCCCAUGUGGUGCACCGCGCCGUGUCGGUGUUGGUGCGGCCCACCACAGGGCCGCCUGUGAAGUACAAUGCCAGGGUGGUGGCCGUUGGCUUGCCCUGUGACCUGGCGGUGCUUGAGGUGGAAGAGAGCUUUUGGAAGGGCAAGGAAUCACUCAAGCUGUCUCGCGACAUUCCAAAGUUGGAUGACAACGUCACGUGCAUUGGCUUCCCCUUGGGCGGCGAGAACAUCUCGGUCACCCGGGGAGUUGUGUCGCGCAUUGAUGUGAAUCUGGACGGUUUGCUCCGCAUCCAGAUCGAUGCAGCGAUCAAUCCAGGCAACUCGGGUGGCCCAGUGCUGGGUGCCCACGGCCUGGUGGUGGGGAUGGCCUCCAGCCACCUCAAGAACGCAACUGGCACGAAGACUCCGAAGACUCCGCCCGUGCAACGAGCAUCCAACAUCGGCUACGUGAUCCCCUCCCAGGCUCCUUGCUCAAGUGUUGACAACCCACAAUUGGCAGAUGGCAAAGCAUUGAAGCACUACACCGAGUACUGCAAGGGCGUGCCGGUCAGAAGCUGCUAUUUGGGGGUGUCUUCCCUUGGCAUCGGCCGAGUGCAGACACUGGAGGGGAGUUGCUCAUAG